AUGCCUCUGAUCAUGCCUCCGCCAGGCCCAAGAGUGAAUCAACGCGAACGAGCAACAGCCACUUGCGGCAUCUUGUUUCUCCUCCAACACCAUACGGACGAACUCCAGACCCGCGAUGGCCAGCAUAGAGCACUGGUCAAGCUGAUCAAUCGACACACGUUUCCACGCUUGAAAAACGAAGAAAUAUACAACAUUGUGAAGCUCCGGAUAGUGGGAGCUGAGCUUGCGGCAGAGCUUUCCAUCGACAACACACAAUUUGAAGAUCCAUUCGACAUGCUUUGUCAUCAAGGUAUUGCUGCUGUACCGGAUCACUUGCUGGAGUACUACGAAUAUGAUUCCAACACCUUCACCGAAGCUGAACUACCGCCGUUCGAUCCCUCAACAACUACUGAAACAGAAAUUGGCUCAAAUCGAGAGAGUGGCGGCAACAAGAGAUCCUACGUCCAGCGUGCCACUUGGAUCGUAUUGCAGGAUAUCGACGAAGUGAAACACCUCUCAACUGAUGCCGACUACAAGUAUCGUUCAAGCAAGCAUGUCAUUGGGUCACUGAGACACCUCACCCUUCAAUACGAGCUGCAAGAAUGCCCCGCAGCGGAUGGCAAGUCACACAAGUUCGAUCCCAUCAAGCUGAUGAGGGCCGUAGCGCAAGUCACUCAACGAGUACUACGGGAGACAAGAAUCGAAGGCCAUAUUCGCGUCAAGAAGAUGUCUCGCCGACUGAACACUGUGUGGAGCAGAGGCACGGCGCGUCUCGGGGACAAGUACUUGAGCCAGCUGCGAAGCAGUGCACAGCACCGUGGAAGCGUUGAUGGAAAGCGUUGA